UGGCAGCUUGAACGUGAAAGUCCCAAAAACAAAUUCCAAGAGAACUUGAACGGGAGAAAAUUAAAAAAAGAAAGCUCGUGAAAAUACAACGUAACCGCAGCAACCAACCCAUAAGCUAGAAAACGGACGAAACAGUCACAACUUCGGUGCAAUUCAUCGGUAUUCUUGGUGGCAAACAAACCAGCUGUAGCUGCUGGAGGUGCAUGUGAAAAAGAACAGUGCUUUAUUGUAAACAGUAUUGGGUUGUUUAUUUCAGAUAUCAUGAUAUUGACUGUGCUCCUUUUUUGCCUUAAAGUGGAAUGGUUUUGGGCCACUCCUUUACUUGACCGAUAAGUUUCUCUUUAUAUCGUAGAAUUCAAAUGAAAGUGGUAGUUUUCAACGUUCGUCUAAAGUUUUCACGGCUGGCUGGAAUCGAAUCGAUGAUUGCUUUCAUUCAUCCUGACACUAAAAUCAACAAAAGAACAUAAAAGAUGCCGUCCAUUAAACAAAAAUUUGCUGGAUUUUUUCGUCAAAUCUCCAAUCCUGGAGGUGGAGAAUGCUUGGAAAAUGCCAAUCAAAUGAAACCUCUUCAUACUUCUGACAGCAAUUCUGGCUGCUUUAUACAGCGCUACCUCAAUGGAGAAAGCCGUUUGAAGCAACCUGACAUCUUGUUUGGACGUACAGGUCAAGAACUUCCUUGUUUACGCUUGUGUUCACUCCAAAGUGAGAUAAUAGCAACACACACUGGUCCAGAUGGAGGACUCACAACCGUCAAUCGAGGACGACGAGGUCAUGUUACGAGUCAAGAUCCUGACGUUUCAUAUAUAGACAGCGAAGAGGAUGCAGCACCACCUCCCACGACAAUUAGUUCUGAAUCUACCUCAAACAAUGCUGGGCGAGCCCGAAGUGGUGAAUUGGUGACUAUUCGUGCCAUGGGUCAGACCUUCGUGGUGAGGAAUCACCUGCCACCAACACCACCCCAACCACCGAGACAACCUAUUCCCCCUCUUCCACUUUCCACGUCAUCAGCUAACGUUGCGAUGGCAACGUCUAGUGACUGGCACAACACCGACCAUUGUCGGUUAUCAGAUGACGACGAUGAUGAAUUAUCUACCGUUUGUGAAGAUCCCUCCCCACCAGUAUCCACUCCUACCUCUUCUUCUACCUCGCCCCCCAUAAUCACCAGCACAUCCACCUGCGCCGACCAUUCGGAUGAUUAUCAAGACUUCCUGUCUAAAUUUGGCAUAUUGAGCCUUCCGCUUCAUCCAUCGCUUGAUCGUCAGUCGGUGGUUCAGAUCGAUUCACCAGACGACACACUCGUCUCUGGCUCUUUGAGUCCCCUUCUCGAUCAACUUGAUCCCCUUCUUACGCCGGAUGUGCCGCCGUCCAUCGGUGUGGACGCUUCUAUCCAGCCAGAAGUGUGUGAUGAACAUCUUGCCGACCAUAAAGAAUUACCGACUAAGGAACCUGCACCAGCCGCGGAACCGCCAGAGCCUGAAAUCGAGAUUGCAGGCGUUGUUAAUUGGAAUAGACCAAGUGGUAUAGCAUUUGGAGCUGCCACGUCGCUCUACGAACGGCAUCCCGUCUCGGGAGAGACAGCCGGCAAUCCUUUGGCUGAUGCAUUUGCCAUCGUGACACGCUCCAACAACGCCCUACUAUGUCUGGCUGAUGGAGUCAAUUGGGGGGAAAGAGCUGCGUUGGCAGCUCGCAGUGCCAUCCACGGUGCUAUGGAUUAUCUGAAUCGAGCCCUUUUUCCUUCCACUACCAAUGGCCGUCAGUUAACUACCAACGAUGUCUUCCUAUCAUUGCUGCGCUCCUUUCACGCAGCACACAGUAUGAUCUUGCAGGAAGGUGGACUAUUAACAACGCUGACAGCAGCCGUAGUAGCUCAACUGGACCAAUCGAGUUUGCAGAAUGCUCUAUACACAGGCUCGGAUAACAGCAACAGUGCGAAAUUCGUCGUCUGCGUCUGUAACGUCGGCGAUUCGCUGGCCUACGUUUACAGUCCGAAACAUGGUGUCAGAGAAAUAACGCAUGGAUCUCAUGAUAUUCAAUCGAUGCGAGACAUGAGGGAUGCUUUGGGUGCAUUGGGACCAGUAGAUGGACAAAAUCCGGAGCUGAAUAAUUUGACGUGUUCGAUGACGGUGAUCGAAGAAGGAGACAUCGUUUUCCUGACAUCUGACGGUGUCUCGGACAAUUUUGAUCCUGUUGUAGGCAAAUUUGUUGUGGCCAGGAAGCCGGAUAAGAUUGUUCCGUUACCCAAUGGUGCCAAGCAAACCACCAAACCGCCUAACAGAAAUUUACCGACGGUUGAAGCAUUCCAAAGACAUGAACUCACAUUGCUGCGUAUGGAGGACAUACUGCGUAACGGUAUGAUGCCGACGAACGACAACGGAAACCAUAUGAAAGCACAAUCACUAUGUGAAGAUCUAGUCGAUUUCGCCACUCGCCUAACAACAGCCAAGAGACGGCUGUUGGAGGAUCUCGAACUCUACGUUGAUCAAGAUGGACAACCGCUGGAUGCAGAGGAGCAAAAAAUACGACGACGUAAAAUCUGCGAACGCCUUGCCUUGAUCCCGGGCAAACUCGAUCACGCCACCUGUGUUGCGUACGAGGCCAGGAUACAACCACCCAAUCCUGUUAAUGUUGCAGGGUCGGAAGCCUUGACCCGAGAAAUGGUAGCCAGUUAUCCCUUCCGGGAAUCGUCCAUUUAGGGGAAAACGCCAUUUCCUCCUUCGGGCUCAGUAGAAAGAAAAUUUGGAACCCAAAGUGACUGCGUGACACGCCAUGUAACGGACCCUUGCCGCCCAAUUCCCGGUUACGUACUAAUUUAUCUUACCAAUUCUUUUGACCAUAUUUUUUUACCAGUUUCCUACAAGACACAAUAGUAUUCUUUUUAAAAAAUAAGUUUUCUAUCCUCGAUGUAUCAUUCUUCAACGUCCAUGUCCUGUCGUGACUUCCUUCGGUGAAUCACAUAGGGAAAAUUCCCUCACUAUAUCCUUUGUCGUCCAAGUUCUGUUUCUUUUUUUAAAAUUUAGUCGACGGCGUAGCCGUUAAAAGACAAUUCAAAAGAUAACGAUGGCAGUGUGUUGUGAAAUCUAUGCCCGCUUGCACAAUCUAACUGUAGGAAAAAUCAAAUUUUCUUUUCACCUAACCAUGCAGUAUUUACAUUGAAAAUUUGACUGCUUUAUUCGAAAACUGCUGACAGAAGAAAAUCAUCUUAGAUGUUUUGUAAAUACACUUAGCGCAGUUCUCGCCAUCUAACAAAUACCAUAA